UCAAGACACCACACCCACUGCACUGAUUUCUCCUUCCAGCAGUCAUUCUAACUCAUAAAAAGGAGCUCUUGAGUAGACUUUGCCAAAUAGAAGACGCUCAUUGCUUUGUAAGUGCGCAUCGUGAUGGCUCUGAAGAUUUGGAUGACAGCAAUAAUUUUCUGCCAUGUGUUUGCAUCUUGUCACCUUGACCAAUUUCAUGAUAAUUUGACGACAGCGAUCACUCCUCAGGACUGCAGCCUGAAGUGUAUCCGCCAGGGAGGAACAGGGUGUGAAUACUGCAGAAUAAGCAAUGACGAUCUGAACAAUGCACUGGGCCUGACCUUCAAAAAUCAGUUGGGAAGUUGCAUCCCCUGGCCAUGUUUCACGCUGUUGGGUGAAGAGGACCCUGGCGUCUGUCAGCACUACGUUGAUGCGCCCACUGAUUUGCGUGUUGAUUUUCUACCCGAUCCGGAUCCCGAUUCAGAUUCCAUCGUUGUGUCCUGGAAGCCGAGCCAAUAUGGUAUUGCCUUCCUCCGAGGCUUCCAGGUGACCGUGCAACCCUUGUCAGGUUCCAGUGCUGGCUGUCAGCUCUUUCUUUUCCAGCGAAACCUCACACUCUCAGCUUCGCACUCUGAAAUGGUCUACAAGUCGGAUCCUUUUCCCGGCCUCCCCCUUGGGUCCAAAUAUGCCAUCACUGUGAUGCCAGUGCCGGUGCCUGAGAGGUGGGAGCGCUUCUAUCGCAGCAAGAUCUUCUCUACACGCUCAUGUGCAGAGAAAAAUGGAUUUCAGCAGUGUAAAGCAGACUGGUAUCCAACGAACGUUGCGGUGCAGCAGAAAGGAUCUGUGAUCACCGUCACGUUCAACCUGGCGCCGCCUAACUUGGGCAUUACAAGCUACUUCUCAUAUUGCUCAGCAAACGGCAAGACCACGUACAUAGAGAUAGCACCUAAUUUUUCCAGAAACCGAACACAUCACAGCUUUGCGCUCAGAGACCUCAAAGAAGGAGCCAAUUACACAUGUGAGAUAGCUGCAAACGAAGUGGAUGCCAUGAGGAAAUUAUUCAACUUUCAAGUCAAGCCACAAGAAGUUGGCUCAACAGGUCCCAGCUGGACUCUGGCCAUUCCUGUGGGUUUUGCUGUAGUGGCCAUUUUUAUUAUUGUGUGGGUUGUUCUCACACGGAUGCCCUGCGUACAAAAGAAAAAGAUUUACAUCAAACCAGAUGAGUUGAUAAAGCAGCAAGAAGAAGUGAAGGCCCAGGAGGAAGUGAUGAUACUGGCUGACAACCGGAGGAGCCCUCCUCGUCUUCUGAUAUGCUACAGCAGUAACGAUGGCCCCGCCCACGUCAAUGUGGUCAUGAAGCUCGGAGCUUUCAUGCAGCAACACAUGGCGACUCAGGUGUGUCUGGACCUUUGGGAUUCUCUGGGGAUUGCCGAAGAAGGAAGCAUGGCGUGGUAUUGUAAUCGGAUCCAAGAGAGCGACUUUGUCUUGGUUAUUUGUUCCAAGGGUCUUUGUUGCAAAAGCGGACAUUCAGAACACGGUCUCUUGGACUCUGAGGUGAUGGUCAGCCUCAUCGGAGCGGAAGUGGGACGAGCAAAAUCUGAGGGCGGAGACCUCUCCAAGUAUAUGGCAGCCAUUUUUAAUUACUCAGAGGAGGCAGAUAUCCCCACUGAACUGGGCUUGGUGUCCCGCUACAGGCUGACCGCUGACUUGAUGUUGCUUUUCUCCCAACUCCACCAAGUCCGCCUUCACACUCCGGGCCGCUAUGUUAAGAUAAAUAAUAUCUCAGAGGAAGACUUCACCAUGUCACAUGCUGGACAGGCUUUGCAAGAAGCGAUCAGAGACUCAGAGAAGGCAAUGAAGGAAGAGAGAGAGAUUUGACCAUUAGGAGAAAGGCAGAGAAGGAAAUACAAAGGCAAAGGAGAAAUGAAUAAGAGAAUGCUUUUUCCCUCUCUCUGCUAAUAUUCAUUAUAUUUAUUGGUAGACUCACGGUCCAGUCAACAUUUUCACUCCAACUAUAUAGACAAACACAAAAAUCGAUCAAAAAACAUUUAGUCCACUCCAUACUGGCUGAAGUUAAUGACCUGGAAUAGACCGGCCGAAGUGAUUGACAGCCCCAAACUUCUCAUAGCAGGCUAAGAUAAGUAUGUAAGAAGCUAAACUGUUUCCCAUGGACAGUAUGCUUUUAUCUCAGUAGUGCGCUUUGACCUAACAAAAUGUGUAGAUAUGCUGUAAAUUGUAGUUAGGUAUGUGCACCCAAACAUAAUCAAACCUAAUCAAAAACAUUAACAUUUGCUU